CCUCGACGGUUUAUCCGCUGCCUUGAUUGCGUCUUCAACAAGUAUACUGCAAAGCAGACGGUGAACGCGGACUCGGAAAAACCCACCGGAAAAAUGGCUUUUAGAGGAGGAAGACGAGGAAAAGGACGAGGAAAACGAGGUUAUGGUUUUGACAAGCCCGAGCCUUUUGUGAUUUUCCCUGAAACUACUUUACCCGAUCCGAAACCUAUCUCAAACGACUCGAAAUUACUUUCGAGCUACUUUGGUUUUCAGAAGUUUUGGAGAAACUCGCCUUAUCAUCUAGGCGAUGGUGUUUCAAAGCAAGAGAGUGAGAGUUUAGACAUUGAGAGGUUUUCAGACGCGUUGAAGCCGAAGAAGAAGCCUAAUAAGAGUGGUUCCUCUUUUUACGAUUUUCUUCUUCUUAGACCUGAUAACUUCCCUAAAGAACUUCUUGGAGGUACUCGAAGAGGGCCUGUGAAGAGAGCAAAAUGGACUCAAGAAAUAGCAAACAAUGUUACAAGAGAACUCAAGCUUGUGUUCAAUUUGGCAGAUUUGAAGGAUCCUGAAGAGAAUGAAGAAGAAGAAGAAGAAGAAGAAGACAAGGAAGAGAAUGAAGAAGGAGAAGACAAGAAAGAGAAUGAAGAAGGAGAAGACAAGGAAGAGAAUGAAGAUGGUGAAGAAGUUGAGGAAUCAGAGGGAGAAGAAUUGGAUAACGGAGACUAUGAUCAGAAUCAAGACUUUGAUGAUGAUGAUGAUGACGAUUAUAACCAGGCGGCUGAUGAUGAAGAAGUGUAU